AUCCCCCUCCCACUCCACUGGGCCGCGAGGAAGUCGCAAGAUGGCUGAUGUCGCUUGGAAGUAACGUUCCCCUCCGCAACAUGAAGCCGUGAGCGUGGAAGAACGCGAGGGAGGCACCAUCGGGCUUUUAUUUUUAUUUUCUUUUAGUUACUUUUCUUUUAGUUCGUCAAACAUCCAUUUCAUUCCGCGUCGUGUCCGCCCCGGACUCGUCUUCGGGAGUUGACGCGUCAAAAUCACGCCGGGGACCCAGCCAGCAGCUAGCGGCUAGCCACCGUUAGCAAAUAGAAGCACAGCUAGCCACACUGCUUAGUACUUUGCUUUUUAACUGAUACUUUAACUGCCGGCGGGGCAUUAAGCUGCGGCUCCACGUGUGCUGACGUUUCCCAGGCGCACAAAUGUGGCACAAAAAAAUUCAGCUGUCAUUAAAAAAUAACGAGUUUUAAAAUCUGAACACUAUGUCCGCGAACUGGCCAUCCAGUCUGUGGGUUGCUAACUAAUGCGCAGCUCUGCAUCCGUUCAUGUGGACUAAUCAGAGGUAUUAUCAUUUGAUCAACAUUUCACUGCAACAUCCAUCACCUCGCUGCAUGUACGUUACUCGUUGUCAGUUUGAUUCUGGAAGCCGGUUGAAAAGAAGCCAAAUUAUGGGAGCGGGUAAUCUGUUGAACUUUUUGUAGUUGUCGGUAGCAACACUGGCCUUGGCUGGCAUCACACCAAAAAAAUCCACAGGGAUGGACACUAAUCUGAGCAGCCACGACCAAAAGUGAGAGGUUAGCAUUUGGAAAAAAUAUAUAGCAAACAAACACAGGGGUUGUUAAUUUAAGACAGUGCGCGGUGAUCCCCCCCUACACCCAACCUCACCAGCCGGUUGUUUUCCAGUGAACUCAAGGUACAGUUUGUCACUACAGCGGAGACCAGUUAGCAUUGCUAGCUGCCGUCUCAACCCACAACACGUUACAAACACGGCGUACAGAACGUACUCAGAAGCCGCUCCCGGCCACACACACCGGCUCAACAACACCGUCAUGGGUGUGCAGGGUUUCCAGGAGUAUUUAGAGAAGCGGUGCCCCGGGGCGGCGGUCCCCGUGGACCUCCUCAAGCUCGCCCGCACCGCGGCCCGCCAGCCCCCUCACCAUCAUCACCCACACCACCACCCACAUCACCCCGGGCCCAUGCCUCCCCCGCCCCCGCCUGCCAGGAUCCUGAUCGACGCUGACUCCAGCCUGCAGCGCCUGUACGGAGGCUACCAGACGGACUGGGUUUGCGGAGGCGAGUGGAACGCCAUGCUGGGCUACCUGGCCGCCCUUUCACAGGCCUGUCUGUACCAGGGCGGCCUGGAGCUCGUCGUGGUUUUCAACGGCACUCUGGGGAAGGAGCGCUGGCCCGAGUGGGCGCGGCGAGCUCAGGGCCAGCGGCAGACGGCGCAGCUGAUAGUCAACCACGUCGGCAGCAAGGCCACCCCGCCUCCCCGGGCAUGGUUCCUGCCCCCGGCUUGCCUCAGCCACUGCGUCCGCCUCGCCAUGUUCCGCUUCCGAGUUCGGGUUGUACAGACUUUGGAGGACCACCACCAGGAGGUGCUGUCUCUCUACAGGGACUAUGGAUUUUCUGGCCUGAUCGCUCAGGACUCGGAGUUUGCCCUCUGCAACGUGCCCGCCUACUUCUCCUCACACGCGCUUAAACUGAGCUGGAAUGGAAAGAACCUGACCACACACCAGUACCUGCUGUCUGAAGCGGCCAGGCAGCUGGGCCUGAAGACACAGCACCUGCCACUGUUCGCUGCUCUGCUGGGAAAUCAUAUUCUGCCUGAUGAAGACCUGGCUGCCUUCCACUGGAGUCUGCUGGGACCAGAACACCCACUAGCUUCUCUCAAGGUGCGAGCCCAUCAGCUGGUGCUGCCGCCCUGUGAAGUGGUGAUCAAAGCUGUUUCUGAGUACGUCUCCUCCAUCAAAGACCUGGGAAACCUCGACACCAUCGCCAGAGAUGUCUUCAAACAGUCACAGUCACGAAUGGAGGACAAGGUGGAGCGAUUCAAGAAAGCUGUGGAGUAUUUCUCAGCUGCAUCCAAACCACGCUCGCCCAACAUGGGACCCUCGCCUUUCAUCUUACCUGGGUUUGGACCCGUUCCAUUUGGGGGACCACCUGGCCACAUCGGACCCAUCCCGCUUGGAAAGAAUCAGUUUCCGCCGCCGCAGGGUCCAGGGUUUAAGCCGCCGUAUCAGAACGCUCCGUACGGACCAGGCUCUGCCCCUCUCUUCCACCCGCCUCAGCAGCCGCCCCAGGACUGCAACGACUCGAUGACCAGCAAGAUGGGCUUCUCCGAUUGGUCGGCGCCGUACGAUUCCACGCAGGGCGGCAGCCGCUUGCCCAACCAUCACACCGGCACCCAGUCUGGCCCCUCCCCGUCUCCUUCCUCGUCAUCAGACGGAGACGAACCCAACGACAGCAACGCUAAUCAUCUGACAGACAAAUCCUCUCGGUGGGAGGAUCCGGCUCGAAGAGGGGGGCCGGCCUCCGGAGACGGUUCCCAAGGCAACGGGAGCGGGUCGAACAUUCCGUCACUGUUGUCGAUGGCGACGCGGAGUCACAUGGACAUAACCACACCCCCGCUGCCUCAGGUCAGUGCUGAGGUUCUUCGUGUAGCCGAACACAGACACAGAAGAGGGCUGAUGUACCCCCAGAUUUACCACAUCUUGACCAAGGGAGAGAUGAAGAUGCCAGUGUGUAUAGAGGACGAGUGUAACUCGGAGCUGCCUCCUGCCUCUCUGCUGUUCCGAGCUGCCAGACAGUACGCGUACGGCGUCCUCUUCAGUCUGGCUGAAACGCACCGCCGCCUGGAGAGGCUCGCCCUCCGCAAGAGGACCCCGCUAGAAGUUCCUCCUGUCAUCGUCAAAGAGUGGAGCAGCGGCAAGGCCAAGUCGGCUCUGACCCCGGAGCUGGUUCCGGCUCUGUGUUUCCGGGAGUGGACCUGCCCCAACCUGCGGCGGCUCUGGCUGGGCCGAGCCAGCGAGGACCGCUCCAGGAGAACCAGAGCCUUCCUGGCGUGCCUGCGCUCCGACUGCCCAGCCCUCCUCAACCCAGCACAAGUCCCUCAGCAUCUGCUGCUCAUGUGCUGCGUGCUCAGGUAUAUGAUGCAGUGGCCCGGUGGACGGAUCCUCCAGAGACACGAGCUCGAUGCCUUCCUGGCCCAGGCCGUUUCCAGCCAGCUCUACGAACCCGACCAGCUGCAGGAGCUCAAGGUGGAGAAGGUGGACGCCCGCGGCGUGCAGCUGGCUGCUCUCUUCAUGGCCGGCGUCGACACGGCGUUAUUCAUCAAUGAUGUCUGCGGCCAACCGUUGCCAUGGGAACACUGCUGCCCCUGGGGCUUCUUUGACGGCAAACUUUUCCAGAGCAAACUGGCGCGGGCCGCCCGCGACCGGGCCGCCCUGCUGGACAUGUGCGAGGGGCAGGAGGAGCUGGUCAAAGUGGAGAAGAUGCGGCAGGCGAUCCUCGAGGGCAUCAAUCUCUCUCGUCCUCUUCCCCCUCCGCCUCCUCUGCCACCUCCUGCCUUCCUGCCCCCUGCCAUGGUGCCCCCUUUUUACCCCAUGCCUCUCUACCCGCCUCGUCCCAUGGGCGGCAUGCCCCCUCAUCACCCGCACCAUCCUCAUCACCCCGGCCAACACAGACCCAGAGCUUUCCCAGGCAUUCAGUCCAUCCCGCCUCAGGGAGGGAAGCUGGAGAUCGCCGGCAUGGUGGUGGGCCAGUGGGCUGGAAACAAACCUCUCCGCGGCAGAGGCGGGUUCAACAUGCAGGUGGUCUCGGUGGGAGCCGGAAAAGGGCGGGGUAAAGAGAUUCCAGUGAAAGUAAAGGGAGCGAAAAAACCAGCUGCCAACAGAUCACAGACGCCCCCACCCAGCAGCCCCACGAAGUCCUCCGAGGAGGCGGGCUCAGCGCCCGAGGUGUCCACUCAGCAGCUGAACGGCAGCUCAGCAGCCUCCGCCAUUGGCCAGCCCUUGGAGCUGGCCCAGCCAAUCCCGUGUGCCUUAGCCAGCAGAGACAACCAAUCAGAGGGGGUGGAAGUGGAGGCCCCCUGUUGCCUUGACGACUGCCCGUCUGACGGAGCGCUACAGAAGGAGGAGUGACGGCGUCCUUCGCCGGGACGCACUGCUCUCAGAGAGUUAUGUGUUCGACUGCCUUUCCCCUGUUUUUUGUAGCCCCGCCCCCCAAACCCCUCCUACGUCUCGUUAGCUGCGUGCACAAUCACGCGGAGCAGGAAGUGACGCCUUUUCACUUCCUGCGCCGCGUGAUAGACUGAAGCAGCUAGCCGUUGCUCCUGUUUUAUUUUUACUCAUGUGGUUUUAAAUCGUUUUAUGAAGAAAGGGUUUCUCCAUGAGUCCGUAAGCGCCCCAACCCAACCCGUUUCCACUCUUCCGAAAAAAAAAAUACACAGAAAAAACAGCUCCUGAUCGUCACCGUCUCCCACUCAGAGCUUAAAGCUUCUCCCCCCUCCUCCACCCAGAAUCACCAUGACAACAUAGUUUCUGAUGUAGCGUCUUAAAUGGUCCCGUUCUUUAAAAUCUCCGCACACUGAUGUUACGUUUGCGGCGGCGGCUAAUCGGAUGGGGUUUCAGCUAGCUGCUAAGCGCUGUCGCCGCAUGUCUUUGUGCUCUGUUGCCAUAGCGAUCAGGACGAUUUUUGUCCGAGAUAAAUUUUGAGUCUUGAUUCAUGGCAAUGUUUUACCAUUUCUCUGUGAAGUGACUCCCCCACCCCUCCUCACUCCCACUACACACACACACACACUCAAAGUAUUAGCAUGUGUGCUAGCUAUCCCCCAUCCCCUUCUAGAUUGAUUGGUUAAUUAUCACUGGAGCACUUCAUGGUAAUAGUGUGCUAUCUUACUUUGACCUAUGUAGCAUAGCCUAAUGCUUACAUGUGCUGAGAGAGCCCCCCAACCCUAAACCCAUGAAUUUAUGCACCUUAAACCCUAAAGUAUGCAAGAUUGCCCCCUUCCCCCUUCGUCCUAUUUGUCCCAAAGCUUUGAUUGUAUUAACCCAGCAGAAGCACUUAUUGUUGUAUUUUAAAUAAAGCCCCUGUACGGUUGAAUCGACGUUCUGUCAGGGAUGUCCCCUGCUCCUGAAUACAUCUUUAUGACGCGUAGAAGUACGUUUUUAAAAGGUAGAGAUCUAUUUGAGAGACGUCAGAAUGUGAACAGAGUGGUUCAGCACUUUGUCUUAAAAAAUAAUAAUAAUUCAACCACACUGGACAGUCCUUUUACCAGACGAAAUGGAAAUAAAACUAAACUUUGAGGCACCUUCUUGACUUGAGGCCAAAAAAAUGAAAAAUAAAGAUGUUGCCCAGAAACGGAUGGAAGAUGUUGGGAGUUUGAGGGGGGAAGCGGCUGCCAAGCAGAGUACCCCCCUCCAGCACUUCACGGUCAAUCAAGAACUUUUCAAUGAAGCUAAAAGGAGUCAUGACUCCUGUAACAAAACCAUUUCAGAUCACUGAAAGUUUCAAUCCAAAGUGUACGUCAGUAAGGUUUGCCGUCUGAGGCGAGCAAAAUAAAUAAAAAUGGGCGCAGUAGCAAUUCCUUCCAGGUCCCACCAUCCCUCGGCUUGGAGCUGAGUCACUUCAGACCGACAGGAAGCCUCUCGCUGCCCCAAAGUCCUUCCCACAAACGCGACAGAGACUCUGUGGGCUGCAUCACGCGACACCCUGAGACCUCGAACACACGGAAACGUUUCGAAUUAGAGCACUUAAUGUUUGUAGACGAUGAAAUGUGCCCUCCUGCUCCCCCUACCGACCAGAUCCACAAGUACAAGCAAACCCAGAAAGCAGUUGGAGCCGAGAGACGACAGCCAUGAAUAUUUUUAAUCUCUGAACUUCGAAAGAUCGACAUGAAAAAAAAAAGGCAAGUCAGAAUAGAAGCACCUUAUUUUCUUACUAUUUUACUGACUUGUUCUCAAUCGUCGUGUGCCACAAACUGUUACAAAGACGAAGUUCUUCUGAAGGAAAAACACAAACCAACGACCCUGACUGUACGCGUCAAUGUAGUCACGUCAGACAUCUCCGUUCCCUCCGUUCCGAACUCGACCGUUUAUCGGUCAGCCGCAGCGGAGUUGCACUGAGCGGCGCCGUCUUUUCACAUCUGCUCCAAAUGAAUCCGGAGGUUCCGGCUCGUCAGAGACGCCGUAGGUGUCCGUAGAGUCAGGUAGCAGCAUCAGGGCCUAACUGGACCGCAAAACACAGAUACAGAGACUUAGACUAGAGAUUAGAGCUCCACUUGCCGAAAUACCGAGUCUAGGUUUUCUAGGAGACAUAACCGCUUUCAACUUUUGACAUUAGUACAGAUAUUAAGAAGUAAAGAUGGCUUUUUUUGUUUUUUUAUUUUUUCGUGGCGAGCCAGAGCGUUAUCCGUUUCACACGAUGCCCUCUUUCAAUUUGCUCGCCACGCCACACACUGAUAUAUAAAUAAAACACACACUCAUUCACCCACACACCACAUUCAGACAGGAAUCAGUUGCAUUCUCUCUGCUUUUGUGCUGACGUUUUUAUUUUUUUCGUGCGUGCAGCAGUCGAGUGAUCGUCGGUUCGUCGGAGAACCUUUGGUAACUCGUUCUGACUCGAAAUAUCCCACGCAGACAAGUUUGCACAAAAAAAAAAAACCACAAACGAAAGAAAACCGCGACACGGUCCAUGUGUCGGCUUGGCACGCAACUGCACACACUUGACAACAUGCAGAUACAUAGAUGUUAAACUAUAGUUAGUAUGGUUAAAAAAAAGAAUCAACACAACACAUGAUGUAGUGUCCCGUUUUUGUCCUCGUCUGUUUUAGUUUGAUAGAUAUUGAUCGAUGAUUUUUUUUUCUUCUUCUCUCCUCCUUGUUACUCUAACAGCCCCGCCCUCCUUUCGUUACAACACAUUUUUAUUUCUUUUCUCUGCCUCAAACACUCCUCGACCCUCCGAGGAAGUACAUGCAUCCUCACACGCAUUAAACGCAACCACACACACACGCACAGAAAAAUAUAAUACACACAGAUUAAUCCCUACAUUUGUCUCUCUUUCUCUCUCUGCCUCUGUUAGCCCUUUAGAAAUCUUUUUAUUUUAUUUUUAUUUUAUCCCCCUCUUUUCUCUCUUCUCUCUGGGCUGCCCCGCCCUUAAUCAACCCGACUAACAGUAAAGGUUAUAUUAACGUUGAUAAUCAGUUUCUGUAUGUAUCUAGCCAGAGUGGAAAGAAAAAAAACCAGAAAAAAAAUCAAAACUGUUUUAUUCAAUUGUGCAAAUGUGUUUUUCUUACUAUUUUUAAUGGUAUUACAUCUCUCUAAUCUUAACCUUCUACCAUCGCUUCAGUUAGUACUGAAAUACGCUUAGCCAACCUAGAGAUUUGAACUGUAAUGAUUGCCAUUCUCCUUACCUGUAUCUAUAUGGCAUCUUUAGACCACUUCACCGUUUCUUAUGUAUGUGAGUAAAUAUUGCCCGCUUCUUCUCGAAUUGAAAAUCGUCGUCUGCAUAAUGUUUGAUUCUUACGAUAUCCCUUAAAAAAUAAAAAAAAAGAUCUCAUAUUCAGUCCAAGCUGAACUCUCUGCACCCUUGCACAAAGCAGCAAAACAUCUCUUGUGAACAUCUGAGAACCAAAGCACGCCUCGCAAUGUCCCCCCCCUUUUCCUCCCAAACCUGCCCCUCCCCCACCCGUUGUCUCCCCCAACCUGAACAGUCUGCCCCCGAGCAACGAGUUUCGGAUCAAUGCGAUGAGUAUAUUUAAAUAUUUUACAGCACGUGUGAUUUAUCUGACAAGUCUUUGAGGUUUAACGGUGGCGGUCGCAGAGGCGGGCCGGGACCGUGAUUGAGCAAACGGAUUGCAGUUAAAUUCCCUCUCUGUUCAGUGACUGAAAUUGAGACUUUCUAUAGCAACUCAGAGAUGGAAAGACACAAAAAAAAAACCGCCUUUUGUUCUACUGGCAAAUUUUUGUUAUUUUUUUCUAUGUUUAUUCUGCUUUUUCUGACUCACCUUUUAGCUCUUUGGCUUAUUGAAGGCAACAAAGCUGCUGACAGACGAUGAAUUUUCCUACAAACAUAUAAUGAGACAUGUUCUGGUUGACAUAAAUUAAAACCAUUUUUAGAACCAUUUCAUACAGUUUUAACAUAAAUAUCAAGGAUAUUGGCUAAGUUUCACAAUUCAUAAAUAAAUAAACAGGAUUUAUUCUUUAGAGAAGAAACUUUGCCUUUGUUUCAAUACAAUGGUACUUUGGUAUUACAGCACAGGCUCAAAAAAAGCAUAAUAUGAUGUAAUUUAGUUUUAUUUGAAACUGAAAAACUAUUAUUUCUACAUGUUACUACUGUUAAAAUGGAUUUUUGAAGGGUUUGAUCAUAAAUUAAAGCAAGAAGGAAAAAUGCAGUUGUAUUAAAAUGCUUAUUGCACUGAAAAGGAAACAUUAAAUAUUCAAUUAGUUGAACUAUCAGCUAAUGUUAAGCCUACAGUCAGCUGCUAGAGAUACAUGCCGCCUGCAGCUGAAGAAACAAAUUUAUAAAAUUAUGUUUCUUGUUACCAAAGGAAAACGGAAAAAACACCUGCAGUGCUCAGCAACAGGUGGGGGACGGUCAGCAAUAUGUUAUUAAAGUUUUACAUAUUCACAAAAAUCUAACUUUCUCCGGCAUCUUAUUCAUUUAUCAAUUUUUUGAAAGUCUGCCAUUUUGUGGCCCUCGAAGUGAUUUUGUUGACCACAAUAAAAUAAAUUUUAAAAAUAGCACAAACUUGGUUUUCCAGUUCAACAAUGGAGUUUUAAAACAUUUAAAGAAAAUAAUCUGAGAAAUUUUCACGGCUAAAAGUGGAAAGGGGAACACGAUGUUCUCAGUUUUUUCAUCGUAAAUAGGACAGUGGUUUUACUCGAGAGCAAAGAUUUUAGAAAACAAUUAUUUGCAACUCCCUAUAUUACACAAAUCAAACUUUUUUUUAUUUGAUGAAAAUAUGGAUUUCUUAUUAUUGUCCAGGUGAAAGGGAAAUAUUUUUUCAAAACAGAAACCUUAUCUCUAAAUAAAUUUAAAAAAAAAUAUUUUGUGGCCCUCAAAUAAUUAUCUUGCCCUACCUCUAUAAAGCCAUGGUGCGUUUUAAUAAAUUAUUCAAUGAUGUGUUUUAGGGAAAAUCCAUCCUCUGCUCAGUUAAAGCCAGCUUGCCUCUCCAAAGAUCUCAGCUGUGAGGAGGACUGAAGUGUGAAAUGUGUUCUUAGAAGAGAAUCAGUAUUACUUUGUGUCAUAUGUUUGCUCUGUUUCCUGUCCGGUUCUGGUGAAAACGUUUGUUUACUGUCCGUCUCUGUGCCGCCACUGCUACCCCCCUCCUGUCAACGGCGGCCCCGCCCGACCCCUCCGCUACCGUCUCCACUUUCCCAGUCAGGCUGAUCGUUUCUCGUCACCUUGGUCAAUCUUCAGCAGCGUGUGUCCUGAUGCAUCCGUACCUAUAACCACCCAAAACUUACCUGUGCAGCGAAAAAAAUAAAAAUAAAAAAGGGUUCAAAUGUAUCCAUGAUAUAAUUGUUAUAGAAAUAUUAUCAUCAUUAUUGCUGUUAUAAUUAUGGUUGGUAUAAUUUGUCAUUGUUAGCAUUAUGGAAGCACCAGACAGUCUGUGGAAAGAAAGCAAAGAAAGUUUGUUUAAAAAAUUUUUUUUUCCUUUUUUUUUUCUUUUUUUUUCAAAGUUUUAUUUGUCUGGCUGUUGGUGGUCUCAUCACACAGAGGGAGGGGAGGAAAGGUUCAGGAAGAGACUAAGAUGGCAGUCAUGUUUGUACUGGUUGGGAAAUGACUUACAGUGCUGAAAUAAAAUUUAUUCUUUUAGUAAAAAAAAGACA